AUGACGAGGCAGGUGCGGCAAAGCAAUGCCCAGAAUAAUCUUGUUGCCAUCAACACUGCUCUGGGUUGGACUUUUCAAGGACCGGUAUCAGUUAGAUCUUCACUCGAGAACAAAGACAGCACUCUAGUUUGUGUGCUUCGCACUGAUGCCACUCACGAGGCGUCAUUACAGAUGUUCUGGGAAAUUGAGCAUCUGGGUAUUACGGACGGAAAUAGUAAUGAUGAAGGCGACGACAAAGUUCUUUGUCAAUUUAAGGAAACCGUACAGAAGGUUGGCGGAAGAUAUGCCGUCACUCUACCUUGGAAGAACGAUUUCGUCCUUAACGAUAAUUUGGAAGUAGCCGAGAGUCGGCUCAACGGACUCCUAAAAAAGCUAAAGAAAAAUGGUUUGAUGGCAGAGUACGACGCUGCGAUGAGGAAGUACGCAAGUGACGGACAUGCGGAGAAGGUACUCGUCGAGUCAGAGAACGGCAAACAACCUCAGCAAGUCUAUUACAUGCCGCAUCAAGCUGUGGUCAAACAGGAAUCAGAAACCACAAAGCUUCGUGUUGUCUUCGAUGGAUCCUCGCAUGCACCUACCGUAGCUUCACUGAAUGAUUGCCUGGAAAAAGGACCCAGUCUGAAUACGGAUCUUCUGCCGGUCUUGAUACGUUUCCGAAUGUACCGUAUCGGUCUGGCAGCAGACAUUGAGAAAGCCUUUCUUCAGGUUGAGGUCCAAGAAAGGGACAGGGACGCUUUGAGAUUUCUGUGGUGUCAAGAUGGUCCUACGGAAGAUAUUUCUCAGAAUCCGGUGGAAGUAUGGAGAAUGAAACGUGUACCCUUCGGAACGACAGCGAGCCCCUUUCUUUUGGCGGCCACACUGAGACAUCACCUAGACAACGUCAAAGGGCAUUUCCAACGGACGGCACGGCACAUUGUCAAUAGUUUCUACGUGGACGACCUAUUGACGGGUUCAUCAACGGUGGAUGGAGCAAUAACGAUAUACAACGACGCUUCAUCUAUCCUUCAGGAAGCUGGCAUGAAUUUACGAAAAUGGAUUUCAAACGCAGAAGAGGUACGAAAACAGUUUGGUGAGCAAGACACCAACAGUAGACAAGAGAGGACCCUGAGUUGCAGGGAGGAUCGGAAAGUUCUCGGUAUACUGUGGGACACGUACGGUGAUACUCUCAAGGUAUCAGGCAAACGCAUGCUAGAGGAUGGCGUAGCGCUCAUUAACAGUAAACGCGGAAUUCUGAGCGCAGCAGCGAAGCUGUUUGACCCUCUGGGCAUGCUCUCUCCGUUCAGCAUUCGAAUCAAAAUGCUGUUUCAACGUUUGUGGGAGGAGAAGCUUGAUUGGGACACGCCUUUGACCGGAAAUAUACAAGAGCUGUGGCAUACCUGGUGGUCGGAGCUGCCAAAGUUGGACAACAUCGCACUAAAUAGGUGUCUCGUUCCAGACGGAAAUUACAACUUCAAGUAUGAGCUUCACAUCUUCAGCGACGCUAGUCCUUAUGCAUACGGAGCCUGUUUGUAUUUAAGAGCCAUUGCAAAUGGAAGAACAGCGAAGGUCGGGUUUGUGUUUGCAAAGGCUCGGGUGGCGCCUUUGAAGGCCCUAACUUUACCACGACUAGAGCUUAUGGGCGCCCUGUUGGGAGUGAGGCUAUCAAAGAAAAUAACUGAAGCUUUGACGCGACUGAAAGAAGUGACCUGCGUAUACUGGACAGAUUCGUCAAUCACCCUUUGUUGGGUACGAGGUUCUCCGUUACGUUGGAAACAAUUUGUAAGAAAUAGAGUUAUUGAGAUCCAGGAAAAAAGCGACGUAUCAGCUUGGCGAUUUUGUCCUGGGAAAGAAAACCCAGCUGACCUAUUGACCAGGGGGGAGUCACUUGAAACGCUUGAGAAGUGUGACACAUGGUGGAACGGACCAAAGUGGCUCGAACGGGACGAAGACGAAUGGCCUGCUCAAACGGUGCUUCCGGAAAUAAAGGACCUUACUGAUCAAGAGGAUGUGCACAAUGACGCCACUACGUUGCAAAGUUCUGUCAAUAUAGGAGUUCCCGCUGUACUGGACCUCGACCGAUUCAGCAGUUUGCGUAGAGCUCUCAGAGUGACAGCGUGGAUCAAACGGUUCGUCGACAAUAGCCGACCAGGUAACCCACGGGUCUUUGGGGCACUCUCAACAGAAGACAUUAGUUGGGCAGAGAACUAUUGGAUGAAACGAGCUCAAGAGGAAAGGUAUGGACUCGAGAAGCAAACCCUGAGUCUGGGAAAGGCGUUAGAGUAG